AAUCGAACAUUUAGAUGAAGCAAAUCAUAACAGUUUCGGCAGCCCUUAUUUGACCGACCGAAGUGCUCACAUUAUUUUGGGGUGAAAUUAGCUAAAAGAAUAUGGUUGGUUGGAGCCGUUUGCUGUUGCCAGCGGCACAAUUCGCCAAGAAUCAUGCUGUGCUGCUAACACCCACCACUCGCAAUGCACUGCAACAGCAACUGCGUCAAAUGAGCGGUGAUCAUGGACACCAUCACAUGACCGUCAAGCCAUCCCGUUUCCAAUGGGACAAAUUCAAGGAUCUGAUGCACUUUUACGUAAUGAUCGGUAUUCUGCCGAUCACUGCACUGGUUCUCUACUCCAACAUAUUUGUGGGACCCUCGCAGCUCUCCGAAAUACCCGAGGGCUACGAGCCCAAGCACUGGGAAUACGAGAAGCACCCCGUUUCCCGGUUUAUUGCGCGCUAUAUGUUAAACUCACAGCAGCAGGAGUACGAGAAGGCGUGUCACAAUCUUUUCGAGGAGAACGAGAAGGCGCAGAUUCGCCUACUCGAAGAGAAUAUUCGCCGUAAGAUGUCCGAGCGCAACGAUUAUCAAGCCUACUAUUACCGACCCACAGUAGCCAAGUAUCACAGAGUAUCCAAGGAGGCUGCCGAUGAGCUGGAGGCACUGCGCGGCGACUAAGCUGCCAUCUCUUAACUCUAUUGAUUUCAAAUAACUUGUUUUCAAAUGUGGUUCUUUAAUAGACGUAAUUUAAAUCCUCUCGAAUGAGGGAGGGCAAAUAAAAUAUGAAAUUUAAAA